AAAGGUGCCUUUAGUGUUGCUGCCAAAACCGGAGUGCCUGUGGUUCCAAUUACUAUUACCGGAACAGGCAGAAUAAUGCCAGCAGGGCUGGAGGGUAGAGUAUAUCCAGGAUUAGUUAAAGUUGUCGUCCACCGGCCUUUAAAAGGAAAUGAUUCAGAUGUGUUGUGUAGCGAAGCCAGGAAUGUGAUAAAGGAAGUGCUCGUUCAUCGAGGCUGAGGGAUAUAUUCAAUCUGUGAUUUCGUUUAUAUUUUUUCACCUAAGCAUCAGAAAGUUACAAGGAUUUGGGGAACAUGUGCAGAAAGAACUUUUACAUUGUGAGCAGUUUCAGUCGGGCUGAAGGAUAUGAACCUGGUUCAGUAUACUCAUAUGCUUGGAUGAUAUUUGUAUCAAUCAACUGAGAGAUCUAUUCAGAGUUGAAAGUGAACAUUGGCUGUGUCUUUUUGUUGAAAUUGGCAGCAGACUCCUUUGCUUGCCCUGCUCUUCUCAAUUGCCGUUACGUCAGAAGGUUGCCUUUUUGCGGCGCCAACACUUAAUUGUACUUGGCUGCCAAUAUUUUCCUUUUGAGUUUAUGCUCGGUGCACUGACAAUGUAAGAAUUUUUGUAGUAAGUUGACCUACAAAAAGUGUGGGACGCUACGUCAAGCCUGAGAUGGUAACCUAGAAAAUAGAGUAGAAACUUGCUAUAACUGGUUAAAUUGCAGUAAUGGUGUACAUUGUUUUGCACUAUCAGUGCGUAGAACUUGAGCUUAGACUCCAUUCAAGUUACAAUUUAUUUGCCUC